UCCGGGAUUGCCGCCGCUGCCGUCGCCACCGCUGCCUCCUGGGAGCACCUCUUCGGCUGCCAUCUCUAGACCACGCCGGAUAUCGAAGGACCCGGACUAUCAGAUCGAUCCGUUGCCCGCGUCGACUUCAUCGAAAGCAAUCCCAUCCGGUUUGCAUGCCGGCAGAGAUGUUCCUCGACCACCACGGCAAUCGUGUUCAGGCCGAAAUGCAACUUCCCUGUUACCAAUGAUUCGGAUUGGGUGGCGGCGAACCACCUAGUUCGUAUAUGGACAUGCGUGUGCGUGGAGACAUCAGCACAAAAUUGAUAAGCAGUUGUCCAUGCUUGUCUUGUUGACAUUGUUGAUAAUGAAGUUACGAGUGUCUACGAAGUGAGAGCAUGGAGGGUAUGGUGUGUGGUGGUGCUUUGAGGGAACAGGUGCCCGACGGUGGGCAGUGCUUCCAAACAUGAUAUCACUUCAUGUGCGACUGGUGGAGGGCGUGUUCACCGAAGACAGACAUUGGGAAAUGAAGCAUGAGAGCUGUGCAGAGCUGCUGUGACAAGCUUCAUUCAAGGCCGUCAGACAAAGGCAGUGAAGACCUCGGUGUCUCAGGCGUAUGUUCUUUUGUAUGGUACACAUUUAUAUGUAUGUAUGUAUAUCUUUAUAUAUGUGUAUGUGUAUAUGCGUAUUCUUGUAUGUAGGGAAGGAGAGACAGAGGAGCCUUUUGUCCGAGGGCAUAUCAUUAAGUAAUGCCUGCUCGGUAAGGAUAAGUAGUGCUUAAAUAAGCCCAAGGAGGAAGGAGGAGACGUGUGGUGCAUUGCUGUCCACGCUCUAGCGGAUAUCAAUUCAUCAUGGGUGGCAUGGAACGUGGCUGGAAUGCCCGAGAGAUGAAGGGGCGGGAAGCAAUUGUUGGGGGUCCCUCUGAGGGUAGAGCGGUGACGGGAAAGUCUGCCAAGGAAGAGAGGGCGACCUUCUCCUCGGACAGGCAGGAAUUACACACUAAGAAGGAACAAUUUAAGGAGAGGCGUCGAGCACGAAGCCUGAGUGGGGGAACAGUGCAAGUCAGUGGAUCCACUUGGGGUGUUGAUGAGGAAGACAAGCGAUCUAGCAGAGGCUCCGCUCCAGUUUGCAGCUCCGGACUGGAAGACGACAAACCGUCUCCGUCCUCUAAGUAUGGAGAGGAAGUGACAUCCUCAAUCACUGGGGGAAGGACGUCUUCUCCCCCUUGUCAUUCUGGCUCGGCUCUUCUCAAAGGGAGCUUGACAACAGUAACAUCCUCAAAUGGCAAGGCCUCACAUAUUGAUCGAUGCUUUUUCGAUACGAAGAGCGUUACCUCCGAAAGCAAGAGUCCACCGGAAUCAUCAAGAUCAAACCCUCGAUCACUGGUGCGUCCUUCAAUGCCUCUUGGAUUCUCCUCGACUACACCGAGAUUCGCUGGUGACAAGGGAAAGGCAUCAGGUCGUUCUGCUGGUGGAAAGAAGGCCCGUACUCUGGAGGACUUGCAGCGGGAACUGGCAAUUGCCGAGAGUGAGAUAGUGGAGUUGAGGUUGAGGCGGAAGGAGUGUAAAUUCAUUGUACAGGGAGCAGAGGAGCGUCAGAAGGAGGCUGAGAAGCAGGCACAGAAGUUACGACAAGAGGUAGAAAUGUUGAAGGCAAGGGAGAAUGUGUUCAUGGCGAGGGUUGACCGCUUGGAGAACGAAACAAAGCAUGCCAAGGAAGAGGUGGCGAUGCUGGAAGCCUCUGUGGCUGUGUCCAAUGCUCAGAACACAGAGCGAGUGAGAGCUGUUGAGAAUGAAUGGAGGGAAGAGGUUGUGUUCCGCGACAGGAGGAUAAAGGAAUUGGAGGACAAGGUUCGGGAGAAAGAGGUUGAGAUUGAGAGCUGGAUCAGGGAAGUUGAAGAACGAGACCGGAGGGUCAAGGAUAAAGAGGAGGACAUACGGAGCCUGAAGGUGAAAAUCGCAACAGCAGAAGGUGAAGUAAGCCGAGGCAGGGAAAAGUACCGAGAGAUUCAGAAAGAGAUCGAGAGAGGCGCACAGCGAUGGCAGGAGCUUUUGUCGAGUAAGGAUGAGGAGGUUCUGGCAUUGAUGAGGGAGAAAGCGAGGUGGAGAGAGGAUUUGCAGGCCAUGGAGAGACAAGUAGAAGCUGGAGAGCAGAAAGUGCAAGAUGUGCAGGGGGAGUUGCUGAGGGUGGGAGGAGAGGUUGCUAGAGUGGAGAUGGAAAAGUCUGAGUUAUUGGGAAGGCUAGACGAGCGGACACGGGAGCUUGGUCUUGCACGUGAAGAAUGUGGGAGGCUAAGAAGGGACGCAGAAGACCUUAAGAUGCUGCUUGCUGAUAAAGGUGCUGAAACACAGUGUGUGGAGAACGAGGUUCAAAGAAUUCGACGAGAAUGUGAGCGGUUGCUGGCAGAGAUAGAGGUGAAGAAAGUGCAGAUGGAUGAACUUCAGUGGCGUCUACACAGGGAGGAAUCAAGAGCCUGUAAGAUGGAGGAAGACGUUGAUUCCAUGCGAGUGAUUGUCGAGGAAGAGAAGGAGAGAACAAAACAAGCAAAGGUUAGAGAAGCAGAGGCGCAGGAAACAGCUUCUCGUGUCAUGGAAAAAUUUCGAACACUAGCAGAAUCGGUGGGCAUGCAGGAGACGAGGAUCGAGGCAACGAAGAAGCAACUGGUGGUUGAGCUAGAGGAGAAGAGAAGGAUCGAGCAGAAGAACAAGCUUCUGGAGGUUAUGCUGAAAGCCAGGCAAGCUCUUUCUGCUGAAGGAGGUGGUGAUGUGAAUGGUGCACAAGUGUAUACUGAUGAUCUGAUCUCGCAGCUGAUUGAGGAGAAGGCCAAAGUGGAGGCGGCAGAACGGAAGAUUCUCACCUUGGAAGCAAAACUGAGAGCUCUGGAGGAGGACCCAAAGGUGGGACACGAAGCUGGAAGAAAGACUCCAAGAGGUGAUUCGGAGGUUGGGCAUAUGUGGGGCCAGGAUUUGCGAAGAACGGCACAAACCCACCGGAGUGUUUCUAUAUCCCCAAAGGGAGAGGUGGGGAGGAGUUUCUCCGCACGAACAGCAAAAGUAGUGCAGGAGAGCCACCCAGAAGGAAAGAAUGGGACUGAGGUCUGGACUGGAGAGGGAGGGCAGAUGGUCACUCUGAGGGAAGCUCCGGUGUUCCCGGAGGUAAGCCUAAAUAUGUAUCAAAAGGUUGUCCACUUGUCGUGACUACCAGCAGGUGGUGAGGAGUGUACAUUGCAAAUGAAAGAAUGAAAGGCACGGGGAGAUCUUUUGCAUACUGCGACGAUUGCCAUUCUAUCAGGCCAUGCCAUCGCAGAUCCCCCUGACCACUCUCCUGUUGACAGGGAUGGUGCACUUACCGUGGACCACGUGGAGGUGGGUUGAGGGUCCGUGCCUGCCACCUGAAACUGCCCCCCUUACACACUUGGGAGACAAACACACUAACACACACAGAAAGACACACAGAAAACAAAGAGAGAGAGAGAGAGAGAGAGAGAGAGAGAGAGAGAGAGAGAGAGAGAGAGAGAGAGAGAGAGAGAGAGGUGAAACAGCCGGCUUUCCUCUCUUCUAUGGCCUCAUAUUCCUUGCUCAUGCAGAUAGGAAUCUUUUGGUUGUGCCUACUGAGAGGGAUGGUUCUCUGUGUGUCCUGGAAAUCGACCCACAACAUAUAUCUGGCUCCGUGUAUCACGGGUUCUUAUCAGGAUGAAUCCCUCCAGUCUUGGACAGCAACAAAUGACAAGGGCUUUGGAACGAUCUGCAGCGUGAAGUUGAAUGCCAGAGAGGAGAUAUCUUCAGAAGUGUGGGUGAGAGGGCAUGCCAAGACUUAACCUUCGGUCCUGAUCGGGACAAAUGUGCUGAAACUUGAAUCCACUUUUCUGCAUGCUGCAUUUGAGUUGCACCAAUUGUCAUACAUCGACCAUGCUAGUCUACUUAUUAAAGGGACUACCAAGCGCAACAUCCCAAACAAAUUUGGCUCCGUUGGGUGUUUUGAACAGGUGAUGUACGUCUUAUUGGUUGGUCGAUCACACGGCCAGCCUUACAAAUUCCCUGAUUAAAUUCAUCAAUUGUGUCUGUGCAUAUUAUGUAGGAAAUUGGUCCUUUUUAAAUGUUGGAUGACGAGGCAAUGCUAUUGGAUUUUCGGGAGUGCCACAGGAAGUGGACAGGGGAAAAGGGUGAAGUAUCAUCGUGUUGAUGUAACAUAAUAAUCGGUGUCAUGUUUACCGAAAUGGCGGUUCGUACUGUAGUUCAUUCAUAUGUUGCAUUCUGACAGGGACCUGGAUAUUAUGAUAGACGGUUAGUCCAUGGGUCAGAAGACCAGGAAGAUUUUAUUGCUUUUCCCCAAGAUGGCAGGUCAGUGAUGCUGGGGAACGUGCUGCAAUCUACAUCUGGCAGCUCGUAUCAAUCGAUCAAGGGGACAUCUGGAUCUGGUUAAGCACUCUAUUGUGAUGCAGUCGACUCUAAUUUGUGGAGGUUUGUUCCCCCUCACGUGCACAUCCCUUGCAAAGGAUUGGGGGCAUUUAUCGGAAGUCUGGCAGAGCCCCGAGAUCCAGUUUUCGAAUCAGAAUACCAGAUUCGGAGGUCCUCGCUGGAGUGGAGCACAUGGAUUGUCGAAGCAGCCUCUAGGUGGAAUUUUGUGACAGCCACUGUUGAUCGAAAUGGUGAGGGUUGGUGAGUUGGUUGUCUACCCUGUGUCCAAAAUACAAUGACAGUGAUUAAGUGCUCUUCCGUACAUUAUUUGGUUUCUGAAGCGAACCAUGAUAAAGUGAGUUCAAUGCCAAGGCCUAGCCGCUGGAUACUAUGAAAGGUGGAAGCUCAUAGUUGUCAGCGGGGUUAGACUGUUACACCUGUCGGAGUCAGUUUUUGGUCCGGCUAAUGGAAUAUUGAACCACGUGUUAUGAAAAGGUGAUCAGCUGUUAGAGGGUUUUAGACUGUGACCUGUCAGAGUGAGUUUCUGGUCUCUGUCUAGGGUGUCAAUUUGAAGUGUUGUAUGUAGGGUUGCUAUUGUAACAGACUCAAGUGACCGUCUGCUCUCUGCAGAAGGCAAUAAUGUUUACCUUUAGGAAUGGACGGGGCGGCCUCGUAUAUAUGGGGAACACAGGUAGGGUAGUGGAGGUGUUUAGCCUGAUCCAGCGACGGCAAUUGGAUAUGCUUACAUUUGUGAGAAAAGAAUAAAAGGCCCACUACGUG